UUCUUAAGUGUCACCACGUCAACACCUGGCCAUGGCUAGAAGACGCAUUCUUCUUACAGGCGUCGAUAGUCUCAUCGGAGGACGAACACUGAACCAGUUACUGGCCUACGAUGUCUCUGUCCGGGCUGUCGUUAGCUCACAAGACCAAGGCCAGGUCCACCUCCUGAGGCAGCAGUAUCCAGCGACCCGCUAUCCGUGGCUAGAGAUCGCCAUGGUACCUCGAAGCAGGCUCUCCACGCCCGGUGCUUUCGACGAUGCGCUCCGAGACCAUCCAGAGCCUUUCGAUACGAUUAUCCAUGUUGCCGCAGAUCAUUCCGAAGAGGCCAACUGCCUCGCCCGCUUCGUGAAUCUCCAGUCCGAAUACAUACUCAACCUCUUCAGAUCCAUCACUCGGUUGAACGCGAGGGUACAUAGAGUUGUCGUUGUAACUUCGCUCUCAUCUUUCGCACGAUGGUUGGUUCAGCCGGAUCCAAGUCCUUACAACCGAUCACAUCGAAGUUCAGAGGUCGACCCAGAGUAUAUUCUUGCAACUAGCCAAGCGAGUGAUAACAUUGUUUACGCAGCGAUCAAGAACUGGAUGCACGUGGCUCGUACGCGAUUCGAACUUGCUUACGUCGCUGCGCCUAGUGUGUAUGGACCGAAUAUGCGAGCUUUAGGAAAUUCAUCGGAUAUCCAAGAGGCAAAUCGAAGGAUAUGGAACAUCUGCAGCAGCGACUCGCACGAGCGUGUGAGAUCACCACCCUAUGGUAUCGACUACUAUGUUGAUGUCAGAGUGAGUCGAAUCUGCCUGGCCGGAGUGUUGACUUCGAUUUUCAGCGCUCAUAUUAUGCUAGGAUCUUGCAAUUGCAGGUGUUCAGGCAGCUUUUGCUCCACAAGCUGGCAAUAGACGGUUCAUGAUAACUGCUGGUAUAAUGCCGACUGGCGAUACGAUCGCUCAACUUUUGGUCAGCCGCUUCCCAGAACUUGUGGG